CCAUUACUCAACCAAACUAGUACAUUAUAUAGUGUACAUUGUGAGCCACCUGACUCAGCUGGAGAUUAUUGUGAUCCACUAGUACAAUAUCAUUACAUCACCGAAUACUUUAAGAAUUGGUGAUUCAAUUUAACAUUAAGUCUAAUAAGUUCCACCCUAUAUCACCUCGGAUAUAACACCCUGUACCACCGACCUAGUCAUCCACCCACUAGUUAAUUAUUAAUAAUCCAUAUAUAAAAAAAACCCAAAAGUUAUACAAUACAAUAAAAAUGGGACAAACGUUCAGUUUUGCUAAUAUAUUUAGUAAAUUAUGGGGUACAACAAGAGAAAUCAGAAUACUUAUAUUGGGAUUAGAUGGUGCUGGUAAAACAACUGUAUUAUAUCGUUUACAACUUGGAGAAGUUGUAACUACUAAACCAACUAUUGGAUUUAAUGUUGAAACUUUAAAAUAUAAAAAUUUAACUUUAAAUAUAUGGGAUUUAGGUGGUCAAACAUCUAUAAGACCAUAUUGGAGAUGUUAUUAUAGUAAUACUGCUGCUAUAAUAUUUGUGGUUGAUUCAACUGAUAAAGAUCGUAUUGAUAUUGCAUGUAAAGAAUUACAUACUAUGUUAAAGGAAGAAGAAUUACAAGACAGUGCAUUAUUAGUAUUUGCUAAUAAACAAGAUCAAGCUGGAGCCAUGACUGCUGCUGAAGUAUCUCAAGCUCUUAAUUUAACUGAUCUUAAAGAUAGAAGUUGGAGUAUUGUAGCUUCAAGUGCUAUUAAAGGUGAAGGAUUAACUGAAGGAUUAGAUUGGUUAAUGGAUGUCAUAAAAGAUGAACAAUUAUAAUUAAUUAGUAUUAUAAUUCUAUCCAUUGCAUGUUACAUUACUA